GACGGUGACCGGGCGGAAGCGCCGCCCGGGGAGGGCGGAGGUGCCGGGAGAGCGGCGCGGUGCCGGCGCAGAUUAUCUGAAAUCCACUGCUGGACCUAUGCUUUCAACUGUUGAGUGGACGGAUCAUUUUUUGUAUUUUUUAGUUUGAUUUUGCUAAGCCUAUUUUGCCUUUUCACUGGGAAAAAAAAUGGUGUGGGAAAAGUUUUUACUUUUAUGUUAUGGAUGUAUGAUUUUGUCUCAAGCAACUGAAAAUCAGAGUACUGAACCAAAUUUAGCUUGGGAGUUGAUACAAGGAUUUAUGCAUAUUUGGAAUCAUACAAAUCAAGGAAUAUGUAUUAACCUCCCCAACUCUGCAUCAGAGGGGUUUAGAUUUAUGAUGAUUUGGUUAAAUUUUUCGGAAAUAUUAACGAGAGAACUGGAUAAUCUUAAAAAGCCAGGAAGAAACGUUACCUGGGGGAUGGUGGAGUCCCGGUUCCUAGACCAGAAAGAAGGACAACAGUGGGAGGCAAAUGGGACAUGGGUAGAAUACAAGAACGCCUUUUACCAGCUCCCACGUGACUCUACCUGGAGCGAAUUAUGGAAUCAGACAUGCUAUCGGUCAUUAGACACCAAGCCUUCUGAGACAUUGCAAAAUGUCACUUCUAUCCCUUGCACGGUGGUACCGUGGUGGGAUUCUCCUGCUGAGGGUGGGUUUUUUGAACAUGAGUACAAUUUACGUUGGGAUGCAGGAUGGUGUAUACAAAUCCCUGAUAACCCAGGAACCGCGCACCAAGUUAACCGAACAAAUUAUGAGUGGGCUUGGUCUUUGAAACAAAUCUUUGACCCUAUAUCUACACUACAAUGGGCUUCCAGGGUCCCCACAGGGAAAAUAGUAGAAUGGGAAGUGGAGAAAUCAGACUGUAAGGACUAUCAGACCACACUACCUAAUGGAGAGAGCAUCUGCUGGAAAGUGAGGAACCGUAGAAGUCUUACCCAGAGUAAAUCAGAGACCUCCUUUCUGAAUUGUUCCCGUGUAUUAGAUUGUACCACAGGAGCAGGUGAGCCUAUAGAAACCUGGUACAUCUCGGAGCUGAGAACUUUUAUCCGGGACAUGUGUACCUGUUGGGAUUAUCCCAACUAUGGCUAUCUAAACCAAGACACCCGAUGCAAUGGGUCUUAUGAAAAUUCAGAGACAGCACUAUCCUGUGGCAUUCCCAUUACACACAGCCCUGACCAAAGAAAGGUCUGGAAUUCAAGUAGCGAAGCACAGGAAGUUCCCCAAGGUGACCUGUAUCAGUGUUCACAGGCCAAGUAUCCAGCUCCACGGGGAACAGUAUGGGCAUGUUCAGAUGGGAAAAUGUAUUCCCACUUGAACAUGUAUGAUAUGGCUGGACUCCAGUGUACUAUUGGGUUUCCUACCAUGUGUCCAUCUAAAACAUUCAAUUAUACACUUUAUCGUAACAACAAGGUGCAGAGAGAGAUCCACAAUCCAACAGAUGCAAAAGGGUGGAUUCAGGGGAUUCAAGUCCCCGACUAUUACACCUGGGGACAAAACGUUGCUUUAGACUUAGAAUCAUUUUUUGCAUCCAGUGGAGUUAUCCAACAGCACAAGUAUGUCUUGGAGAACUUAACUAGGCAAGUCCAUGUGUUAAGCAACUGGACCGGACGCUCACUCAGGGAACCGAAUGCGCAGGCCCUGCAGGCAUCGGAAAUGGCUUUGCAGAACCGAUUAGCCAUAGAUAUGUUGUUGUUGAAAGAGAAUGGAGUGUGUGGGAUGCUAAACCUAACGGAUGGAGAAUGCUGUGUCACUGUCCAUAACGCCACCACCACCAUAGAAGAGGCACGUCAGAAGAUGAAGGAGAUUGCUGAGCAAACGGGAGAACUGUUUCAAGCAAUGCAACCAAAGAACUAGUUUGAUGGACUGAGCCUGGAUUGUGGAUCACGUGUAUUAAAGUGCCUUGGAUUUAUGGGAUGGGGAAGGUGGCUUGUGUGCAUUGACCUUACGAUACUGUGUGGAUUCUUGGGUUUGAUGAUAGGUCAAGAAGUCAUGUCAAACUGUGAUCAGUUCGUUAUGGUUAUAGAGGAAAGGGAUAGAAUUUCUAGCACAAUUUCUAAUAUAAUUCCAUACCAUUAGUGUCAUGGCAAGAAUGUGAUUGGAGCAGGAGGAAGUCAGGGGCUGGAAGUGGAAGGGUGGCCAUUUUUUGCUGUGCUCGGGGAUGUGGCUUUUCUGGUGUGGUGCUCAAAGACAGCGCUGGUGAGCCCAAGAGCUGGUAAGCUGCUCCAAGAAAAAGAAAAGAGAGAAAGCAGCAGCAUGGCAGAGCCCAGCUGACCCAUGUGGAGCCCAGGCUGCAGCUGCUGUGACAGCAGCCACUGGAGCUGCUGCUGGAACCAAGCUCUCCACUCCCGCUCCCACAAAGUCAGGCCCAGAAGGAGGGUCCUCUGACUUGCUUCAGAGCCCUGUCACAUCCCACCAGGUUUUGCCUUGUCCCUGUUCUUCCAUUGUUUUCAGUCUGAGUGGGGAAAGUUAAAUUGCAAGCCUUUCCAACAUUCUGCUUUUGUUUUCUGAUAUACUCCAUGCUGCCCAGCACAGGGCCACCCAUCAUUUUGCCUUUUUCUUAGAAAACCACACUGGAUGUGGUCUUUGGGAAGUGUUUUUGUUUAUUCAGUAGUGAAUAUCCUUUUGUGGGUAAAAGACGCUCUGUUUUGUACACUCUUUUUAUUAAUAUUGUUGUGGUUAUUGCAAUUUUUCAGUAAACUGUGAUUCCAAUUUAUAA